AUGGUGGCUCAACGGCUGGCUCUAGACUUUCCGGCCAAGGUCGAUCGGAUGGUGCUCCUGAGCAGCCUCGCCAAACCGGACCUGACACCCGUCGUCCGAUUCAAGGUGGAAAAACACGAGCCCCGUUGGGCGAAGCGCGUGUUCCUGAAGGAGGCCAGCUUCGCCCAUCACUGGUCCGUCAUGGCCAGGACCAAGAUAGCCCUCUCCUUCGACACAACGGAUGAGCUCAAGGACAUCAAGACGGGCGCCCUGGUUCUUUAUGGCGAAGACGACACCUUCACCGCAACCGGGGCUCAGCAGCUGCUGGACGGCAUCGAGGGAUCGAAGACCCUGGGACUGCCGGGAGGACAUCUUUGCCAUAUCACCAGCCCGAAGACAUUCUCGAAGAUUGGGCUACCAAUGAUGUUGCUAAUUUUUGGUUUGGUAUUGUUGUUCGCUUGGAGCAAGCUGUGUUGUGGAGCAGCUUCGGCAUUUUUUUGUUGACGAGCACCCGGGUCUGUUUGAUGGAAUAAAGCGCCUGCUCCGUUCAUGAAAGAAAAAAUUGAAGGGCGUGGUGCGCCAAUGGCUACAUGCACCAAAGGGCAGACUGUUCGGCAUCUCUAGCCUGUGAGCGCCGUGCUGUAGGACCGACAUGCCGUAUACGACACAAGAUAACACACCCACUGGAGCGAUUUUCAAUGCUCGACUACGCCACGACGAAGAAGAUGAGAAAACAAAAACGAUACAUUUUCGGAAAGCUCUCGACAAGACGGCUUCAACGCCGCCGUUAUUGGCGAUGUGGCUCUUUCUUCUGCUGAGAAAUCGAGCUUUGAAAAUCGGUCCAGGGGGUGUCUUAUCUUGUGUCGUAUACGGCAUCUGUGUUGAUGUUUUUGAAUUUCUGCAGUCAGUGAGUGACGCUCGUGUGACGUUUGCCGGGGAGUGAGCGUGUUUGACAUUUGUUGCUCGGGGACGUGCUGUAGCCAAUGGAGGAGGUGAUAAUGGAUUGUGCUAUCUG